AUGCCCGUUAUUUCCCGUUCUGUCUGCGUUCUGGACGAUCAGUCUGCAGUUGUCAAGGAGGGCGGGAAUCUGCAGACUGGACGGCACAUCGUCGUUGAGCCAGCAUCUCCCGCCGUCCUACCGAUCUACGUACCCCUCAUCACUGGAUCGUGGCCGAGGCUGACGGUACUACCGGACGGAGACCUGGACUGUCGUGGCCUGCUUGAUGUGGCUGACUUCCCGGUGCUCAACGCUGACUUACCUGUGGCUUGGCUGAUCUAUGGCUGGCGCGUCGUUGAGCCAGCAUCUCCCGCCGUCCUACCGAUCUACGUACCCCUCAUCGCUGGAUCGUGGCCGAGGCUGACGGUACUACCGGACGGAGACCUGGACUGUCGUGGCCUGCUUGAUGUGGCUGACUUCCCGGUGGCUUGGCUGAUCUACGGCUGGUCGCAGUCAACCACCGUUGGAUUCAAGGUGCUACCCAAGAGCUCUGAGGAGCCGUCCGAUCCCGUAGCUGUAUACAAGAGCACACUGGCAAUACUGAAAGCACUGAGCGGGCUGUUACUUAGCCUCAAGACAGAGGGUAAAAACGGAGAUGAGAACACUACGCUGAUGGCUAUGCUAGGAGAACACAUCUGGCCAGAGCUGUCCAAGUGUAUCAUCACACAUUGUCUGGUGCACUCUAUACCCACAAGCAGCUCAAAGCUCAAUGAGUACAAAGCUGUCAUCACGGCUACUGAGAGAUUUGAAGCUUCUCUCCGGAAAACAGGUCAGUUUAUUGCAGAAACUGCUUCUCUGCUGCUGACCUACGCCAGAGAUGUCAAUGUCCAUUUUGCUAACAAAAAGUGUCAAGAGCUGAUAGUUGAAGCCCGCAAGCUGAUGAAGAGAGAGCUGCACAAUACAAAGAGAGUCGGUACAAUGAAGGUUGACAACAAGAACGUCAAAGAUCAAAAACAAGAUGCCAAGGACAAGUGCCACGUCAGCGAGAGUAUCUUUGCACUGCCUGAGUGUGCAGUCAGUGAAAGCAUAGAGUGUCUUGUUAAUCUAGCCUACCAGACAUUACAAGAAGCUGCUAGUAACACACCACAAUGUGCCAUCCAACUGUUCUACACAGUGCGAAACAUGUUUGAGAUAUUUUGCGAUGUCGUACCCACAUACCACAGAGAUAGUCUGCAAAAGCUACCUCUGGAGUGCGCACUCCACCACAACAACUGCAUGUACAUCGCCCAUCACCUGCUGACGCUAGGCCAUCAGUAUCGUCAAUCCUUACCCCCGCCCCUCUGUGACGGCACAUACACAUUUGUCGACCUCAUCCCUGUCUUCAGGAAGCUGGCAUCCGAAUGUUUCUUGGCUCAAAUGAAAAUGAUGUUGACUCAACUCAGUCCAACUUGAAUCUGGCUGGCGGUCGGUCCUCCGGCUGUAACAUGGAUCUGAAACUACAGAACCAGCUGAGUAAAUACAUGUACCUAGUCCCAGGUAGACAAAUAUU